UUGCAGGGGUUAAACACAGGCGCUUCAACAAGAUCAUGGAAGACCAGGAAAUUCCCUGUACGCUAAUCCAUGCUAUAGGAGGUACAGAUGGAAUAUAUGAAGAUCAUGUGGAGUACCUGGAGCAACAUCUUAAACUCAUCACAAUGAAGGAAUUUCUUGAAAACAAGCAAGUGCUUAGUCAUAAAAUUAAAGUAAUCUUUGUGUGGGUCCAUAAACCAGUGGUUAACAGGGAACUCCUGCAAAGCUUGCCUAAUUUAAUGGUGAUUGCAAGUUCUGGUGUAGGAGUGGAUCACCUGGACCUAAAACUGAUCUCCAGCUUUGGUGUGAAAGUAACUAACACUCCAUUUGUAGUUGCCAACUCUACAGCAGAUUUUGGAAUAGCUUUGAUGCUGGCUUCUGCUAGGAGGAUUGUGGAAGGUCACGAAAUUGCAGUUUCUCCAGACACGAAACAAUUUGCUUUUGACUGGCUGGGAGAAGAAGUAACUGGUGCGACUUUGGGGAUCAUUGGAAUGGGUACAAUUGGUUAUAAGAUAGCUCAGAAAGCCAAAGCUUUUGAAAUGAACAUCCUUUAUCACAACAGGAACCGGAGAAAUGAGGUGGAUGAACAGGCUGUUGGGGCUAUUUAUUGCCAAAAGAUGGAAAACUUACUCCGCCAAUCAGAUUUUGUGAUGCUGGCUGUGAACCUUACGCCUCAAACGUACAAGUUGAUUGGGAAACGGGAGCUAGAUCUUAUGAAACCCAGUGCUAUCCUUAUCAACAUCUGCAGAGGUAAAGUGGUUGAUCAAGAUGCCCUGGUGAAGGCAUUGCAAAAUAGAACUAUUAAGGCUGCUGCUUUGGAUGUGACAUACCCUGAGCCAUUGCCAAGGGACCAUAUUUUACUACAUUUAAAGAAUGUCAUUAUAACACCUCAUAUUGGAAGUGCAACUUCACAGACCCGACGGCUUAUGAUGAAAAACAUGGUUGAAAGUAUCAUGGCUUGUGUAAAUGGUCUUCCGGUCCCUAAUGAAGUACAUAUUUAAUGUGCCAUGCAAAUGUAGCUGGAGAAAUGUUAACACUGGGCAUAUAAUCUUACCCAUGCAUCUGCUUUUUAUUUUCACUAGUCAAAAGAAUCUGUAUUAAUAUUCCAUGGGUAUGUAAAGAAAAACAUACAAACAUUUUUUGCCCCUUAUUAGCUGGGUUCAUAUUAUAUGGCAACCCAUCAUGGGUAAUUAACCACAGUGGGUUACCAUGUCAUGUGAACUCAGACCACUUUCUACAGGGUGGCUUUUGGGGG